CUGCGCUACAUGCCUAUUAGGGCCGUCUCCAAGAGCCACUUUACAGAACUGCCAGCCUGCCUUCCCCGGCCCGGUGGAACAUUCAAAUCACAUUCAAAUCCUGUGCAUCAUUCGACUUGUGCCGAGAGCUCAUGCAAAGCGGGAUCUGAGCACACCGAGCAGAGAGGACAAGAGGAGGACUUGGCGUGUCUGAGGUCUGCCUGAGCCCAGUGUAUUCUCUGCUGGCUUUACCCCUUUCUAUUGGUCACCAUGGAUGAGAUGGACGCACCGCAGAUGAAGAAGGAGGUGGAGAGUCUAAAGUAUCAGCUGGCUUUCAAGCGAGAGAUGUCUUCCAAGUCUAUACCCGAAUUAUUAAAGUGGAUUGACGAAGGAAUACCCAACGACCCUUUCCUGAACCCGGAGCUGAUGAAGAAUAACCCCUGGGUGGAGCGAGGAAAGUGCAGCAUCCUGUGAGGCUCCAACGACCGCCUCUGCCCUACCCCCCCCAACUCUCAUCUACUCUGAAUGUAACUAGAUUCUGAUAUUAGAGAUUAGAGUCCAGAUAGGCAGCUGAAGAGACCUAUUUGAUCACAUUGCAUUGCUCCAGCAGAAUUUACACAUUGCAGGAAGGGGGGGAUGCUGUCACCCCAGUAACCAGUCUCCCCACCAUAGCUUAGAUGGGGGGGGGGGGGGGGCUGUGCUGUAAUGAAGAGGUCUAUCAUUUUAUUACUUUUCAUUUUAGGUGUAUAGAGUGGCUAGGAAGCGUAGCAAUGAACUUGUAGAUUAAGGGGCCGAUUUGCAGC